AUGAUACACUGCGAAAAGUAUAACAACGAGUAUACCGAUAGAAUUGAUUGUCCUGGAACGGAAAAGCACUAUCGUGUGGUCCGACGUUCCUCAUCGACUCUUGAUGAAGACAAACGAUCUCCAAGUCACGGUGACCGGUGGUGUAUUAUGAUUGAAAAGUUUUUGCCUCUCUUGGAACCGAUUCAGCAGCUGCAGGUGUACGCGGAUGAUGUGUGGGUUAUUACGUUUCCAAAGUGUGGUACCACCUGGACGCAGGAAAUGGUUUGGUUGCUGAACAACAAUCUGGAUUAUGCUCGCGCUGCAAAACUAACGCUCGAAGAACGUUUUCCUUUUCUGGAACUCUCAGGUGCCCUUUCCCUGAUGGAUGGCGAUUCCGUCGGUCGGGUGCAAGAUCUGGCACGUCCACGACAUAUCAAAUCCCACCUUCCGACAAUGCUGCUUCCGGAUGCGAUUCGUUCCGUCAAGCCCAAAAUCAUCUACGUUUCGCGCAACCCAAAGGAUGCGGCCACUUCCUUCUACCAUCACUACCGCAACAUCGUAGGAUACGAUGGUCCGAGAGAGCACUUUUUCGACGCAUUUCUCAACGACAGCCUCAUCUACGCACCCUUCGGUGAGCAUGUCCGUGCCUACUGGGAAUGGAGUAACCGACCCGAUGCAGAAAACUGUCUGUUUUUAACGUACGAACAAAUGAAACGCGAUUUGCGCGGUGUGAUCGGACGGGCUAGCACAUUCCUGGGCAAGCAAUACACCACCAGCGAAGUGGACGAAUUGGCAAAACACCUUUCGGUGGAAUCGAUGAGAAACAACAAAUCAUGCAACAUGGAUGACCUGCUAGAAUGGGCUAAGAAUACAACGUACAGUGAAGAGCGUAAAAAGCACACGAAAAAUAAUUUCAAAUUCAUUCGUAGUGGAACGGUUGGAUCGUACCGGGAAGAUAUGAACGAAGAAUAUGUCCAACGCUUUGAGGAGUACGAAAAAGCCAUCACGGAAGGAAUCGAUUUUGACUUUUUCUUCUAA